GGUUGUUUACUUAUCUGACUAGAAUUCUAACAUCAAACGACAUAUCACAUUAAAGUGAACACAGAUACUGAACAGAGACGAGACAAAAGCCAAGUGGUUGCUUCUCUUGUUACAACAAUCAUCUCUCUUGAACAAAACCUCAAGUCCCAGGUUUGAUUGUGUUCAAGUGUUGGGAUCUUAGGUUAUGAUGAAUUAGAGGAGUGUUUUAUGUUUUGCCGGUAUAUAAAGAUGUUAUCUUCACCUUUCAUGGGAUCAAGUACUGGGGUUUUCAGGACAAAAUGUAUUGCAAUUUUAUGGAGCAUGGUAUAGAGUACGCGAAACAGGCAGUCAAGGAGGAUAAUGCUGGAAACUAUAGGAAAGCUUUCCAGCUUUAUAUGAAUGCAUUGGAGUAUUUUCAAGCACAACUGAAGUAUGAGAAAAAUCCACAGGUUGAGAAAACAAUUAGGCAAAAAUGUAUGGGGUAUCUAAGAAGGGCGGAGGAGAUCCGAUCUGUUCUUGAUAAUGGUAGGAGUAUGCCAGCGUCAAAUGGUGAUGCAUCGGUUGCUGCACGGCCCAAGACUAGUCCAAAACCAAAGGAUGGAGGUAGGAAGGGCAAGGAGGAUCCAGAGCUAGCGAAGCUUAAGGAAGGGCUUGAUUCUGUUAUCAUCAGGGAGAAGCCAAAUGUGAAGUGGAGUGAUGUGGCUGGUCUUGAGAAUGCCAAACUGGCAUUGCAGGAAGCUGUUAUAUUGCCUGUUAAGUUCCCACAGUUUUUCACUGGGAAGAGAAAACCAUGGAGGGCAUUUUUGUUAUAUGGUCCACCUGGUACAGGGAAGUCAUACUUGGCAAAGGCUGUUGCAACAGAAGCUGACUCAACUUUCUUCAGUGUUUCUUCCUCAGACCUGGUUUCCAAAUGGAUGGGUGAAAGUGAGAAGCUAGUUUCAAAUCUUUUCCAAAUGGCUCGUGAUAAUGCACCUUCCAUCAUUUUCAUUGACGAAAUAGAUUCACUUUGUGGCCAACGGGGUGAAUGUAAUGAGAGUGAAGCAUCUCGUCGCAUCAAAACAGAACUUCUUGUGCAGAUGCAGGGUAUAGGGAAUGAUGAUCAGAAGGUUCUUGUUCUUGCAGCCACAAAUACUCCCUAUGCACUGGAUCAGGCUAUCCGGCGGCGUUUUGACAAGAGAAUAUACAUUCCUCUCCCAGAUUUGAAGGCAAGGCAACACAUGUUUAAGGUGCAUCUUGGAGAUACUCCUCAUGAUUUAACUGAAAGAGAUUUUGAAAAGUUGGCUCGAAAAACAGAAGGUUUUUCAGGUUCAGAUAUUUCUGUUUGUGUUAAAGAUGUGCUCUUUGAACCUGUUCGUAAAACCCGGGAUGCGGAAUAUUUCAUUAAAUCCUCUGAUGGCAUGUGGGUUCCUUGUGAACUACAACGAGGAGCUGUCAAGACUACACUACAAGAACUUGAUGCACAAGGACUUGCUUCAAAGGUCCUUCCACCACCCAUCACAAGAGCAGAUUUCAACAAAGUGCUUGCACGGCAGAAGCCAACAGUGAGUAAAGCUGAUCUUGAGGUGCAUGAGAGAUUCACAAAGGAGUUUGGAGAAGAGGGCUGAUGACUUUGAUGAAGUGGAAGCAGAGCUUUGAUUAAUUCAUAAAUACAAGUUAUACAUAGUUUAGUUGAAUUAUUAUCCAUCUCUGGUGGCUCAUGUUUAGAGACAAGUGUUCCUUUGUGCUCUCCUCAAUCAGUUAGGCAAUAUUUUGAAAAGAAAAGAGGCUGCAAGGUGAACCAGACUGAAUGACUGAUCAAUGCAUGUAAUGUUCAAUGGUAAAUGUAUAUAUACAAUAUAAGCAUUGUUUGCUA